AUGGUAAGCACGUCAUCACCACUCGACCAAACACAACUGUGGCGCGAUUCUAAGGAAACGUUCAAAAAGACUCCGAGAAUACUUUAAUGGGUAGUUGUAGACAGAUGUUAAUGUUAAGUAUGCUUUAAGCCAGCUUCUCUGUGUCGUCGUUGCCAUGACGCAAUCAGUUGUUGUCCAGGUUGGACAAGCUGGUAACCAGGUUGGCUGCAGGUUCUGGGAUCUUGCUCUGCGGGAACAUGCCCAUGUCAAUAAAAAAGGACUGUAUGAUGAGGCUCUCAGUAGCUUUUUCCGAAAUGUGGACUCAAGGAGAAGUGAUGGGAGAGCCUGUGGUGUUGGCGGGAGAAUCCAGCAUCUGAAGGCCAGAGCGGUGCUGGUGGACAUGGAGGAGGGUGUGGUCAAUGAGAUCCUACAGGGCCCGCUGGGAGAAGUGUUCGACAGCACUCAGCUCCUCACAGAUGUGUCGGGUUCAGGGAACAACUGGGCGGUUGGACACAUGACGUAUGGUUUGGCCUACAGGGAGCAGAUAGUGGAUCAUCUGCGGAAGGCAGCAGAACACUGUGACUGUCUGCAAUGCUUCUUUCUCAUUCACUCUAUGGGAGGAGGUACUGGCUCCGGCCUGGGGACAAGAGUGCUGAGCCUGCUGGAGGAGGAGUUCCCUGAGGUGUGUCGAAUUGUCACCUCCAUCUAUCCGUCUGCAGAAGAUGAUGUCAUCACCUCUCCCUACAACAGUGUCCUGGCCAUGAGAGAGCUCACAGAGCAUGCUGACUGUGUUCUACCUGUGGAAAACCAGUCAUUGGUCGACAUUGUGAACAAAAUUAAACGUAUGUCACACACUGGGAAGCCAGGGUCGAUGAUCAAGAGAGACAGCACCAUCAUCUCUGGACAAGGCGGGCUCACAAGGGCGGAGAAGCCCUUCGAUGACAUGAAUAACAUUGUGGCCAACCUGUUGCUCAAUAUUACCAGCUCGGCCCGUUUUGAUGGUUCUCUCAACAUGGAUCUGAACGAGAUCGCCAUGAACCUGGUGCCUUUCCCGCGUUUGCACUACCUGGUGCCCAGCCUGACCCCUCUGUACACGCUGACAGAUGUCAGUGUUCCCACCAGAAGACUGGAUCAGAUGUUCAGCGAUGCCUUCAGUAAAGACCACCAGCUAAUCCGAGCUGACCCAAAACACAGCCUCUACUUGGCCUGCGCCCUCAUGGUCAGGGGCCAAGUACAGGUGUCUGACCUCCGCAGGAACAUUGAGAGACUGAAGCCAUCACUGCCCUUUGUCUCAUGGAACCAGGAAGGCUGGAAGACAGGCCUAUGUUCAGUUUCCCCUGUGGGCCACUCACACUCCCUGUUAGCCCUGGCCAACAACACCUGUGUGAAGCCUACAUUCAUGGAGUUGAGAGAGCGCUUUACCAAGCUCUACAGGAAGAAGGCUCAUUUACAUCACUACCUGCAUGUGGAUGGGAUGGAGCAGAGCUGCUUCUCAGAGGCCAUCUCCUCUCUCAGCUCACUGAUUGAAGAGUACCAUCAUUUGGAUGCUACCAAGGGGAAAAUGAUGCCUGAUGCACCUAGACUCGGCAUCGCCAGAUGAUGGUCUGCUCUGUCGGAAAACUGUUUGUUUGGUUGCCUCUUUUGCAGUGAUUAAUUUUCAAAAAUGACUUCACACAACCAAAUCUGUUGUGUAUAUACCUUUAUAAGUUAUAUAUCAAAAUUGUUUAAUUAAUGAUUAAAAAGUCUCCUGUAUAAAGAAUGGAAGAG